AUUAAGUUAAUCCAUGACGGAGAAGGCUACGGUUUCACCCGUCUCACAAUGCACAAAGAUGCGUAAGGUCAAGGACAACUACUGACCAAAUCUUAAAACCAGGAUGGCGUGCGGGAUGAUUGGGAGGAGAUUUAAGGUGCAAAUGCAGACCCAGUUAGCCACCCCACGGAUGCGGCAAUCAGUCUAGUCUAAUCAGUCUUACACAGGGUCUGUCCAAAACCGUUGUGGUUCUUCGUUUUUUGUGAUCUACUGUAAAACGUUUGGAAGUUCUGAGCCAUCUCUUUUUCAAGUCAGCUCAAGUCAGCUGCCACCAGUUGAGUUUGCCCCAGAAAUUCAGCGCCUCUGGCUUGAAGAUGGGCGGUGGACCGAGCCAAACAAACCCCUGGGGCCCUCAGGGCUGAACACCCGAGAGGCUGGGAUCUCUCCAAAACAAGACCUAUGUCAUCACUGGGACUACCACAGGCUGUGGCUAUGAAGCCACACGACUGCUCCUCUCCAAGGGUGCUCAGGUGCUCAUGCUCAAUCGCAAUGCUGAGCGAAGUGCCAAAAUCAUGGAGAAGUUUAAGGAGGAAUUUGGUGCUGAUGCAAAGGUGUCCUUGGUGACGAUGGACCUUGCAGUGUUGGCUUCGGUACGGGAGGCUGCCAAAGCUGUGCUGGCACAAGCGCCCCAAAUCCAUGCCCUCAUUUGCAAUGCUGCCAUUGCCCAGGUCUCCACGCAAAAGCUCACUGAGGACGGCUUUGAAAGCCAAUUGGGUGUGAACCACUUUGCUCACUUUUUGCUCUGUGGGCUACUCUACGACCGGGUGGAGAAGUCCAAAGGCCGGAUCGUGGUGGUGGGAAGCAACGGUUACAACAUGGGGUUGAAAAGAAUGAACUUCGACGACUUGAACUUUGAUCAGAACUACCAUGACUUCACGGUGUACUGCCAGAGCAAGCUGGCUCAGAUGAUCUUCGGCUAUGAGCUGCAGAGGCGUGCAGCAGGUAAGAUCCAGGUGCAUGUGUGUCAUCCUGGUGCCUCCAGGACUGAAUUGGCACAGGAUGAUGAUGUGAGCUGCAUGAUGAAGACGAUGCUCACAAUGUUUUCGCCCCUUGGCCAGAGUGCAGAGCAUGGCUCAUGGCCAGAGGUCAUGUGUGCCACAGAGGAUGGAUUGAAGGACUUUGCUUACUAUGGCCCUACCGAACGAAUGGAAAUGGUGGGUGCCAUCGGAGAAUGCAAUUUGGAAUCCCAUGCGUUGGACAAAGAGGCAGCCACAAAACUCUGGACCAUUUCGGAAGAGAAGACGGGCCUAAAAUGGUCUCCAUAAGAUGGGCUACGGGCCUAAAGCUCGCGAGCGCGCCCAACCGGCAUCGCCGGUCUGCAAAACUCUACAAUAGCUGAUAAUUGUAUGGAUCCGACACCACAAUCCGUAC